AUGUCAUCACAGAAACCCCUCAGCCCCAUCAAACAGGCCUGGUAUAGAUGGAAAUCGCUGAGAUGGGUACCAGGCCGGAAGAAAUUCCUUGUUGGUCUUGAUCUCCACGGAAACACCUUUUGGGAAUUUCGAGACACGCUCUCUUCGCACCAGCACCGCAUGCGGCGGAUAGUCCAAUAUCCCAGUUCAACCCAGUACAGCGAUGUCGACAUUCCACCCCAAUGGCACCAAUGGCUUCGACACACUCGCGCCGAUGCACCAUCCCUCACCGAACAGUCACAGGACUUGGUGCGUCAGCGGAAUCUGAAGGUCCUGGCAGCUGCGGCCGAUGCGAGGUGGGCUGCGAAGCCGAGUUUCUUAGAUGCGCCAGGGGACGCAGGAGGACAGCCCUUACCAAAUUUAGCACCGGGGGCCCGUGGAUCGCACCAGGAAAAUACAAUGUCUAGGAAGGAAGAUGAUGUUGCAGAUAUGACAAGAGGAGAGAUGGGGGAAGUGGCGAAAGCAGAGCCUCCGAAGAAGCCGGAAGAGCCCCAUGAAAUGCAAGUCCCGGAUGGAGUACGACACCGUUAUGACGAGCGCCCCGAGCAGAAGAUGAAGGAGAAAGAUGACCCGUGGAAACAACUCCGUGGUGGACCAAGUGAGCAGUGGCAGCCUGCGCAGUGGGAUGGGGGCGUUGCACCUGCGAAACGACCGUGA